AUGGCUGUGUUGUUGGUGCUUCUUCUCUCCGUUCUGCUCUCGUCCCCUCACACUCCUGUCCGAGCGUCUCCGUCCUGUCCCCCAGCCUGUCGCUGCUACAGCCUCACCGUGGAGUGUGGAUCCACUGACCUGAAGGACGUUCCCAAGCAUGUUCCUCCAUCCACUCAGACUAUCUUUCUCCAGGACAAUGUGAUUAAUCAGGUUCGACAACUGGACCUCAUCGGACUGAAGCACCUGCACUACCUGUACCUGCAGAACAACACAAUCAUAAGUGUAGAACCAGGUUCUUUUCGGGAUCAAGGUCAGUUGUUGGAGCUCGCACUAAAUGGGAACCAAAUCCACCUGGUGACCUUGGACAUGUUUCAGGGGCUUGACCAACUACGCAUCCUGUACCUGUCAAGAAACUUCAUCACACGCCUGCUGGAUUACACCUUCAGUGGUUUACAACGUCUGCAGGAGCUCCAUCUGCAGCAGAACAGUAUAGAGAUGAUAGCAGAGCAUGCACUGGCUGGUCUGACCUCUCUGGCUCUGCUGGACCUGAGCAGGAAUAAUCUUCACACCAUUGGUCCAACAUCACUUCAGCCUCUGGUUAGCCUGCAGAUUCUGCGCAUCACAGAUAACCCAUGGCGCUGUGACUGUGCUCUUCACUGGCUGAGGAGCUGGAUCGAUGAGGAGGGCCAGAGGCUGCUCAGCUCGGCAGAACGCCGAUUGGUCUGCACCGAGCCCCCACGCCUUUCCCAUCUUAGCCUGGUGGAGGUCCCACUCAACAGCCUAGUGUGCAUUCCCCCCCUGGUUCAGCUGGAGCCCAGGAGGCUGGCAGUACAUCUUGGGGAGAGCCUCAGGGUGUCGUGCCAUGCUUCUGGCUACCCUCGGCCACAGGUGACCUGGAGGAAAGCAUCCCAAGGUAAAGUGGUGGACUCUCCCAGAGGUCUGGUUCAAGAUCUGGGUACUGGAGGAAGUGAAGGCUCAAAGGAGUCCUCAGAGGAAGGCAAAGUUAGCCUGCAGAAGACUGCUGGCGAGCACUUUGACCCCGACACUGGCAGCGGCAUGCUGUUUCUCAGCAAUGUGACGGUGGCUCACGCAGGUUUUUAUGAGUGUGAAGCCUGGAACGCAGGAGGCGUUGCCAGACUGACCUUUCAACUUGCCAUCAACUCAUCCUCCUUGUCUUCCUCUUCAAUUUGGGCCACGUGGUCUCAAGUAUCAUCACCAUAUUCCCCCGCUUGGCCUCGACUGAAGAACCACGGUCUUGCUUUGGGCUCCGACGUGAGCCGGGAGCCUCUGUACGCCCUGGGCAGCAUGGCCUUCAACGCUCUGGGAGCCGCAACUCAGACAGCCAUUUCUCUGGGCAUCUCCCUGCUGGCUUUGACCUCUCUGCUACUGGUUGCCAUGAUUUACAGUCGUCAUCAGCAGUGCGACAAGGAGCCCGAUGGGGCUGAAAAGGAACAAAGCAUCCUGUACGUGAAUGACUACUCAGAUGGGCCCACCAUCUUUGCCCAGCUGGAAGAGUACCGUGACGAGCAAGGCCAUGAAAUGUAUGUACUCAACAAAGCCAAACCCGUGCUUCCUCCUGCCUCACUCACAGAUAUCUCAACCACUAAUCUGGGCUGCCACGCACCAUUGGACACCUCCAGUCAAAUGCUCUCCGUGGGGCCAGGACUGUCCACAAACCCAACUCUUGUCCUGAUCAAACAGCAGCAAUUGCAGGACAGUGGCAUACAGAUGACAAAGAGGAUGGCGGGGGAAGGAGGGGAAGCAGAACCUGUAAUCACAUCAGAGGCUGAAGAGUUUCUGAACCACACAAGCGUAUUCAUGGAGUCGCAGAUCGCCUACGAGAUCCACUGUUGA